AGCAAAAGCUGAGACCAUGCGCAUCAGGGGUUCAUGAGGGGGUCGUGGGCUCGAGUUUUUAGGCCCGAAUGAUUUAAAGAAAAUGAAAAAUGGGUUUUAAUCGACGAACCGGGCCUUACGCUUGAACCCGUAAGAGGCGAGUUCAUGCCACGCGUCGGGCGCUGAGUGGCUUCUCCUUUCCGCGUUGACGACGAGGUCGAAAGGGUUUCCGCGUAACGCGAUUCAUUUGUCUCCUCUCUGAAAAACCUAGGGUUUCUUUCCGCGGAGGCGACACACCGUGCGACGGCGAAUUCCGGAGGUUUUCUCCAUCAAAUCGACUCUGUAAUCUCUUCUCGACGCUCUUAGAUGGAAACUCCCCGAGAACCUCAUUUCUUCAAGCCUCUUCUUCCUGGUUUUCACAGUGGCGUGGCAAUACCACUUGAAUUCUACUCAAAACACAUACAAGGGGCUGAGAUCAAUAAACCAUGGAAGCUAAGAUCGGACGCUUCGGAUCAAAUUUGGGAGGUGAUCCGAGAAGGCAGGACACUCACCAAAGGUUGGAAAGAGUUCACCGAAGCACAUGAUCUUCGAAUCGGUGACAUUGUCAUCUUCAAACACGAAGGAGACAUGGUCUUUCAUGUGACACCUUUUGGUCCUAGCUGUUGUGACAUUCAGUAUACACAUCCUCACAUCGUUAAGGAAGAAGCCGACGCGGAUGAUGCUCCUACUUUCUCAUACGACUACUGUUUCUUGGCUGAGGUUACUGCUACAAAUCAAAAGGACGACAAAAUGUUUCUUCCUGUGGAAGCUAUGAGGUGUGGUGCUUUGAACCAACAAUGCAAAGAGGUCAAACUUGUCAACAAGGAGGGAAAGUCAUGGACUGCGCGCUUCGGAUUUAGCGAAUCAGACGGCGCAUAUUACAUCAGCAGAGGGUGGAGAAAGUUCUGUCGUGAUAACAGAUGCACCAACGGAGAUUUGUUUGUGUUCAACGUGGUUGGAGACGGGACGACAACUCCAUUACUGUGUGUAUGUCCGGAAAGGAAGGAGUGUACUGAACUACUGAUCAAGCACUUCAGCAGAAUCGAUGGUAGCAUUGCUUCUACCUCACGAAAUUAGAUGGCUCUUUUGCGGUUUUUCCUCUCUAUCAUCUGAACUUGUUUCUUUUUGUUUCAUUAGCAACUUAUCAACUUAUGUAUUUCGGUUUGUAAAACUUGAAUGGUUUUUCUAUGUGAACUUUUAUGCUAAGUUAAACAUUCUCGAACUUAAUUGC